AUGCAGUUCUCCGCCAUGAAGCGCCUCCAGGUCCUGGCUGUCCUCUUCCAGGCCGCCCUCCUCACAUCAGCCCUCCCCGUCGAGAACCGUGGCACAGCAAUCCACGCUGGCAAGCGCAUCAUGCUCUGGGACUACACCCUGACCCAGGCCUACGCAUCCAACGGCAACAUCCAGGCCUCCGCCGCCUCCCUCAGUACCUCCCCCGGCGUCAGCGCCGCCCUCAACUGGAACACAUGGAAGCCAGAGGAGCUCCCCACCGAUGUCCCCUUCCAGCCUAUGAUCCGCACCCCUGCCCAGCUGGCAGGCGAUGACUGGAAGAACCUCGUCUCUGCCAUCCAGUCUGGCGGCUCCAACACCGUUGUGCACUUCUACAACGAGCCUGACCUGAACGGUGUCGGUGCCGCCGAUGCUGCUGCCGCCUGGAAGAACAGCGUCCUCCCCCUGCGCGCCCAGUACGGUGUCAAGCUGGUCGGCCCCGCCGUUGCCAGCAACGACGCCGGCUCCGCCUGGCUCCAGCAGUUCUACUCCCAGCUCUCCGCUGAGGAGAAGCCAGACUUCCUCGGUCUUCACUUCUACACCGGCCAAGACACGCCCGCCGAGGACGAGGUCGCCAACGCGGAGAAGUACAUCUCCUCCAAGCACGGCGAAUACGGUCUGCCCGUCAUCGUCUCUGAGAUCGGCAGCACCAGCCGCGACGCAACCAGCGUUGACACCUUCACCAAGGGCAUCUCUUCGUGGCUCGACAGCACCGACUACGUCAACUCAUACGGCUUCUUCGGCGCCACCACCACCCCCGUCGACGGCUUCGUGAGCCCCGCGGCUCAGCUGAUCGACACCAGCGGAGUCUGGACGACGCUCGGCCGCUGGUGGGUCGGAAACUAA